GAGACAGCAGAAAAGAGGAAAUACAUUUGAGAUUAGGAUGGAGAUUAAGAGGUAUGGAAUAGGUAUAUAAGGAAGCAGAGCUGAGUGAAAGAGAGCAUCUGAAGCAAGGAGAAGCAAGAAUAGAGGAAAAAGACGACAUUUACAUACACCAAGCUGAAGAGAAGUGAAGGUCCCAUGAUGAAGGUCCUUCCCAUUCUGGCCGUGAUGCUACUCGGGACGUCUGCCAUGGUGCUCAAUGGUCUAAACUCCACCGAACCUAGGCAGGUCUCUGGGAAGGUCAAGGACUUUCCUCACUGUCCUGGCCAUUCUACCUGGUAUAAACUGGGGCACAAAUGUGUUAAGCACUUCAAGGAGGAAUUGGACUUUCAAUCUGCUGAGGGUUUCUGCCACUCUCAAAAGGACACAUCUCAUCUGAUAUCAAUCCACUCCAGCCAGGAGAACAAGGAUGUGGACGUUUUUGCUCAGACGUUCAGCAGAGAUUCCCCUCGCAUCUGGCUUGGCGGUUUUACAGUAUCUGACCCCCUUCAGCCUCACCGCUACCUUUGGACUGAUGGGUCCCCCAUGGACUACUAUUCCUGGCUUCAGAACCCCAGGCAGCCAUCCGGUGACGGACAGUGCAUGGAAAUGAACUGGCAGCGCAAAGGGGACUGGAAUGAUUACCCGUGCAGACAAACCAAUUACUUUCUGUGUGCCUUCAUACCUGGUUAAAGAGAGGAAACGAAGAGGAGGAGGGGAUGUUGGAAAAAGGGAAUGAGGAGGUUUAUCAUUUAAAGUAGAUGACAGAUGAGCAGUAUAGCAGUAUAUACUACCUGUCAGAUACGCUUUGCAUUACAGCUUUCUCAGACAUCACGACCCCAGGACCCUGUAAAAUGUUAGAGAAAACCCACUGCUCAAAGACUAAGCCUUUGUCAGCUAAAAGUUUUCACCAUCACAGUCAGUUUCAGUCCGCCCAAAGAUUUAAUGAAACAACUGAUUGUAUUAGAAACUUCUAAACACUUUGCAUUUGAGAAUUCUAUCUAGGCCUAUUGUCAGAAAACAGUAAAACAGAUAUUUUCUUUAGGAAUGUAGUGGAGUAAAAGUAUGUUGUCAAACAUAUAAAUAGUAAAGUAAAGUACAGAUCCCCCAGAAAACGACAUAAGUAGUACUUUACACCACUGCAUUUGAGAAUCCUAUCGAGGCCUAUUGUCAGAAAACAGUGCAACCUAAUCUAUUUUCAGGGGGAAUCGUGUUGAUGAAAUGCUGCUUCACUUGUUUGUACUAUGAAACACUGUGCAUUGCUUGACUAGCAAAUAAAAAAGGAAUACAACAAUA